AGACUGAUAAUGUUUAAACCAACUAUUAGUAUUCAAUAGAGACUACAUGUAAAAUCAUUCAGAGACAUUUCCUUCUUCAAAAUUGGUUUAGUUGGUUCCCGCUUGGUUAAGCUGUAAUUAAUCAAGGCACCAAAUGUGCAAAGAAGUCCAAGUGUUCCCAGAGACAGAAUAAUGUUAUCUCCAGUUCUUCCCAAUGCUGUAUUGGCUGACAGCUGGUGUCUGAGCACGUGGCUAUGGCAAGGUGAAUUCCACUUUGUGGAACUGUUGCCAUAUAAUCCUGUCAAUGUGGAAGUGGUUAUCAUUCUGUUGAAAUAAUUAUUUAUAUGCACACUUUUUCUGAUGAACACUGUGGUGCACUGUGCACGUGCAGCUGAAGUAUGUUGCUACAGCCUCAAUAUAACAAGCUACUAAAUAAGCACUCAAACUAACACCUGUUCCAUUUCUACACAUCCGCUAUUUGUGAUUUUUGUUAUCGUUACAUUUGUUAAACAAGGUUUGUCCCAUUUGUGUCAAAGAGCGUCACACUGUGUAUUCCUGUAUGAGUCUUUGUCCUGUACUGUAUAUCAGCUGUAGCCUGUUGCUCCACAUCUGGGGUCAUUAUUAUUCAUUCUGGAUGUCUUUAUGGGCAGUGAGACCUUCCAUUUCACUAUCCACUGUGAAAGAUACAGCAACUGUUACUUAACACAGCUGGUAAUGAAUAUCUAUAUCAACAGGCUUAAAUGUUCUGUUUUGCAGGGUUUUCUGGCUGGUGAUCAAGUCAGCUUAAGACUCAUACAGAAAUGGCCUCUGUGAGCAUUGUAUACAUGUAUUACAGGAAUAUUAUAACAGCUGUAUUAAUGUAUAUAUAGCAUGUCAUUGUUGUAGCUGGUCGACGGUGGAGCUCAACGUCAGGCAAACGGGCGCAGCAAACUGGAGUCGGACCAAUACCCACACACAUCCUUGAGUGUCAGCACAUCCUCCACAGUGUCCCCUGUGUUGGGAUAUGAAGGAUGUUUGAGCUCACGAUUUUUCGAUGUCUUUAAGUCAACAGGAUGACACAACUGUAUCACCAGUGAUACAUUCAUAGCUGUGUGAGUAGCUAUAAUAUUCUGGUUGUAGAGCCUAAAGAUCCCUUUCAUUACCUUUGUACUGUACACCUGUUGAGUGUAAGAUGCCUUGGCCAUUUUCGGAGUCCAUCAAGAAGCGGGCCUGCAGAUACCUCUUGCACCGAUACCUUGGCAAUUUUCUGCAGGAGAAGCUGAGCUUGGAUCAGCUCAGUUUAGACCUCUAUCAAGGCACUGGCUCACUUGCACAAGUGCCACUGGAUAAAUGGUCCCUCAAUGAGCUUCUAGAAACUGCUGAUGCUCCUUUUGAAGUAAUCACUGGGUUCAUCCAGACAAUUUCUUUAACUGUGCCAUGGGCAGCCCUGCUGCAGGAAAACUGUGCCCUGGAGGUCAAGGGUUUGGAGAUGGUGCUCAGACCAAGACCAAGAGUGGCAUCUGGCAUUGAGCCGAUGUGCUGGUCCAGUUUCAUGACAAGCAGCAUGCAGCUUGCCAAAGAAUGCCUGAGUCAGAAACUCACUGACGAUAUAGGAGAGAGCUUCCAGCCUUUUGAUGGACUGGAGAAAUUUGCAGAAACAAUAGAGACAGUUCUGAGAAGAGUUAAAGUGACAUUUUUGGACACUGUUCUCAGAGUCGAACACAUUCCAGAAAAUUCUAAAACUGGAAUUGCCCUUGAGAUACGAAUCAACAAGAUUGUUUACUGCGAUGAAACGGGUGGGGAGAGUUCAAGUGUAGAUGUACAUCAGCCAACCACGUUUGCACAUAAAAACCUGCAGUUGGAAGGAAUCGCCAUAUUUUGGGACGAGUUUUCAGAUGUGUCCCGAGCUGGAUUUAAAUCUUCACCCACUCCGACGGAAACUGAGCCAAAGCUCUCCCCUAGUUGGAAUCCCAAAAUAAUAUGUGAGCCUCAUCCCCAGUUCACAGAGCCUGUGUCUUCUACAACACCAUUUGAACCUGUGCAGGUUGGGAGCCUCGGUGGUAAUAUUGAGUUGUCACUCACUCUGAAAAACAACUUAACUCUGCCUGGAGCAAAGCUGGAUGUUGUUGGACAUAUUGACACACUGAUUAUUCUGCUGUCCCCACGACAAGUUCAUCUUCUUCUCGAUUUGUUUGGAGCUUUCUCUGGUGGAGGUGCUCAGGAUUGGGCUAAGGACAGAAAGAAUCGACCCAUGCAGCAAGAGGAUGAGUAUCGGCUCCAUAUGGAGCUGAAUCGCUGUCUGAAGAAGGAUACUGCUGGCCCAGGAACAGACCCUGACCUCUUUGAGAGCCAAACCACCAGAACUGUGUCUAGUCGAGAUGAUGUGUUCUUCUCCAUGGCCGACAUGGACAUGUCUCACAGCUUGUCAUCCCUCCCUCCUCUGGGUGAACCACCCACUGUUGAUUUGGACUUGUCACUCAAUAGCAACUACUCUGCCUCCCCAGUAGAAUCGCCUUCUGGAAACACAACAGCUCUGUGGGAUGAUUACAUGGAUGUACCAAGACAAAGAGAGAAGAAAACUAGUGAAACUCCUGUUCAGUCACGGGAUUCUCAACUCCCUCAAAAAUUACUGCGACAGACUUCCCAUUCAUCCAAAACUCACGGUGAUGAGUCAAGGCCAGAGCUGGUGUUAAGGCUGACAUUUGGCAGCCUGGCAGUCUCAGUCCUCCACAUUGACCCGCUGCCACCUCCUGAUGCUGCUCCCAGUCCCCUUGGCCCCAUGGCUGCACACUUCUUCAGCAUGGUGGGCCCAGGCCAGCUUGCCCCAGAUGCCUUCCUUCAGUCUCAGACAGUGUUUAAUCAGGCUUGUCCCUACGACCACCUUAGGUUUGUGGGUCAGGGUCUGAAGAUAAACUAUGAGCAUUGUCAGGGAUCCAGCCUGCGGACUUUUACCACUGACAUCUCCCUUAACCAGAUGGAGUUUCUGGAGUGCCUCUUUCCUUCUGAAACUGCCAUUAAUGGCUCCCAAAGAGGCAUUCAGUACACUGAGCUCCUGACAUUUGACACCACAGCCAAUGCUGACAUGCCGCUUGCCACCUGCCUUCACCUGCUUUACAAACAGGCUGAGCGUAGAGGGCCUCAGGGCGGCCAGGUUCGCCUUAGUACCAUUCCCAGGAAAGCAGAGAUCCAGGUGGAGUUGGGAGCUGUGCGCUCUGAGCUGGACAUCAGCAUUGUAGAUCGUCUCAACUCAGUGCUACAACCGCAGAAGCUGGCCACCACGGAGAUGAUGGCUUCCCAUAUGUACACAUCCUAUAAUAAACAUGUUAGCUUGCACAAGGCCUUUACAGAGGUUUUCCUUGAUGAUGGUCACACUCCAACUAAUUGUCAUGUAUCACUGAGGGUCAGUGCCCCAGUCCUGGGCCUCUCGGUUCGCUUUCCUAUUCCUGACCUCCGCUCAGAUCAGGAAAGGGGCCCUUGGUUCAAGAAGUCCCUGCAGAAGGAGGUACUUUACCUGGAGCUGGAAGACCUGGAAGUGAAAACGGAGUUCAUGGGCGGCAGUUCUCCUGACCAAACCAAGAUGGAGCUCACAUUUAGAGAGCUCACUGGGAAGUUCCAUGAUGAGCCAGAUCAACCAGGUACACGGUUUCUCAGGGUGUCCCACACCAUGGACGGAGACAUGACAACAUCUGAGAGUGCAAAGUUUGACUGGCCAAGGGUUGUGCUGAAGAUGAACCCCACUGCAGUCCACUCAAUCCUUGAGCGGGUGACGGCUGAAGAUGACGAGGGGGCUGAGGAUCAUUCUCUUGAAGAGGAAGAGGAGGAAGGGGCUGCUCAUUCACUGAAGGAUGUGUGUGACUUUGGGAAACCUGAGCCUUCACCCUUCUCUUCACGUAGGGUUAUGUAUGAGAAUGAAGAGAUGGUCAUUCCUGGGGAUGUUGCCGAAAUGACGGAGUUCCAGGAAAAAAACAUGAACAACUCUCGUUUUGUCCUUGAGUUGUGUUUCCCUAAUGUGCAAUUAGCACUCCCCAGCAAGGCAUUUUAUGAAAAACUGCACAACAGGGUAAACAAUGACCUGCUUCUGUGGGAGCCCACUGCUCCAUCUCCAGUGGAGACUGUGGAGAACAUGCCGUACGGAGUUGGACUCUCUGUCGCCAGUCAGUUGAUCAACACUUACUCCAAGGACAGCUUCAGCCAGUUCCGCUCUACGGGUCCCGAGGAGGAGACUAGUGGCUCAGAGGAGGAGACCAUGCACUAUUACUCUCCUGCUUCCGACCAGGGCCUCAGAUCACGCAAGAAGAAAAAGCCUAAAGCCCAAAGCAAGACAUCCCAGAGUCUGUUCUCUGUCAUCCUCAGUGUCAAUCAUGGCCUGGUGGCUCUUCAGACUAACACUAAGCAGGAGGAAAAAUCUGUACUGAAAAACAAGCACGGUGAGUUCUGGCUGGAGGUGAAAAAUGCUGUGCUGUUCAGUGUGACACAGUAUGAAGGCUACAAAGACCAACACUACAUCUGUUUCCACACUAGCAGCAUUUGCAUGUAUCACGAAGGACUUGUGGAUGGAGGCACCUCUGUUUCAGACAUCAAACUGCCGUGCAGGACACAUCCCCAUUGGCUAGAGCCAACCAUCUACCAGUCAGACACAUCUUCUGAGAGAUCUUCAACACCCUCAGAGGGUAUUGGUUUGGAGGCCCGCAGCAUGGUGUCUGUCGCUGUCAAAAUCUCAUCACCGAAUUCAGAACGUAAUGUCAAGGAAUUUCUGGUUUCUGUUGGAGUGAGAGGUGCCACACUCCAGCACAGAGUGGUCCCUCCUAGCCUGGGCUGGUAUGAUCAGAUUGUCGACUUCCUGAAUGUGUCUGAUGAACCUGUGUUGGGUUACGCCCCUCCGACAUCUGUCGCCACCCUACAUCUACAUCUGUGGAGCUGCUCUCUGGACUACAGACCUCUUUACCUGCCUCUAAGGUCACUGUUGGUCGUAGAAACUUUCAGCAUCUCCAGCAGCGUCUCUUUAGACCACUCUUCUUCAACACUCAGGAUCAUUUUGGAUGACGCUGCUUUGUUUCUCUCAGACAAGAGUAACGCAGUCUCUGUUAAUCUAGCACGUGACUAUGUUCAAGUGGUAGACAUGGGAACACUAGAGUUGAGGAUUACCGCUGUCAAACCUGGAGUGGAUGGAAAACUGUCUGAGCCCAGAUUUGAGCUGCGCUGUUCCAGUGAUGUCAUUCACAUCAGAACGUGUUCGGACUCCUGUGCCGCUCUCAUGAACCUUAUUCAGUAUGUGGCGAGUUAUGGAGACUUGCUGCCCCCUUCAGAACCAGAGGGCAAGCACAACCUCGCUUCACAAAGAACUAAGGCGGAGUUUCCUGGUCGCCCUACAUCCCAGGCUCAGCUGCUUGCUGCAACUGAGCAGCAGAUGUUGCAGGAUUUGAUGAGUGAAGCUAUGGAGGAGACUGAUGGGCAGCAUCCAGCAGGUCAACAGCAAAAUGGUACAUAUGAGGAGUGGAGUCAGGACCAUGACCCUCCUUGCUCAGACCUGUUCCUGUUCCCAGAUGAGAGUGGAAAUUUUAACCAAGAUGCGAGCCCCACUUAUCCAAUGCUUCACUCUCCUCUCAUCACCCCCGUCCCUAACCUGGCCCAAGAGACAGAUGAUUUUUGUAUCCUGGAAACACCAGGUUCCAGAGGAGAGGAUCGUGAUCAGGAGCCAGUAGUAAAGCAGCUUACCUCAGACCCAGUGGAAAUCAAAGAUGAUCAUUUCAGUCAGCCACUGGAUGGGAGUGAUUCCAGUCGUGGAGCCAUGAACUUUCCCAUUCCAGAGGUGCGCUACCUCAUCAAGGAGAUCUCUGUCAUCUGGCAUCUUUAUGGCGGGAAGGACUUUGGGAGCGCAACUUUCACAGCCUCUCCUGCUAGAAGCCGGGGGGCGACACCUCGUAGCUCUCCCUCCCAAACUCCAGUCAGACAGACCAAGGCUUCAGGACGAGCAGGAGGUGGAAAAGGAAGGAACCCCGAUGUCCUGAUGGAGAUCCAACUCAGCAAGGUGAGAUUUCAACAUGAGGUGUACCCACAGGCCCAGGUGACUUCUGGGUCUGCAGUGGACCAGCCAGUUUCCCGGCAGGUGUUUGUUGUGCAGGACUUGGAGAUUCGCGACAGACUGGCUACGUCACAGAUGAACAAGUUCCUCUACUUGUACUCUAGCAAAGAAAUGCCCCGAAAAGCCCAUUCUAACAUGUUGACAGUUAAGGCAUUGCACAUGUGUCCAGAGUCAGGGCAGGCCCCUCAGGAGUGCUGUUUACGUGUUUCCUUGAUGCCACUUCGCCUCAAUAUUGAUCAGGAUGCACUAUUCUUCUUGAAGGACUUCUUUACUAGUCUUGCUACUGAAGUCGAGUUUUUCUCACCUCCUGCUCAAGAAGCUGUUUGCAUUUCCACAAAGAAAGCAGCUGCCCCAGAGAUCUCUUGUAGCUUCUCCAAACACACUGGCAGCAGCCAGAACCUGGCCCCAAUCAUCUCAGUGCCUGCUCAGAGACGCUUGAUCCACAAUGGUUUCUCUACAUCUGGCAGGGAGGAAGUGACUGACAGUGAAACCUCUGCUUCAUCAUUCACCGAGCAGCCAAUAUUUUUUAGAGAGUUCCGAUUUACCUCUGAAGUUCCCAUUCGCUUAGAUUACCAUGGGAAGCAUGUGUCAAUGGAACAGGGAACGUUUGCAGGGAUCAUUAUCGGGUUGACACAGCUGAAUUGUUCAGAGCUAAAACUGAGACAGUUGUGCUAUCGACAAGGAUUAUUAGGCGUGGAUAAGCUGUUUUCCUAUGCAAUAAACGAGUGGUUAAAUGACAUAAAGAAGAACCAGCUUCCAGGUCUACUGGGUGGUGUGGGACCUAUUCACUCUCUGGUGCAGUUGGUUCAGGGAUUCAGAGACUUGGUCUGGCUCCCUAUUGAGCAGUAUAGGAAGGAUGGCCGGAUAGUGCGCGGGUUCCAGCGCGGAACAGCCUCUUUUGGCACUUCUACUGCAAUGGCUGCUCUGGAGCUCACCAACAGGAUGGUGCGGACUAUACAAGCAGCAGCUGAGACGGCAUAUGACAUGGUGUCUCCAGUACCUGAUGAGAGAGACACAAAGAAGAUAAAACGGUUCUCCCAUUAUGGAUUGGCUCAUCAGCCCGUUGACCUGAGGGAAGGUGUAGCCAAAGCCUACACUGUGGUUAAAGAGGGGAUCACAGAUACUGCACUGACCAUCUAUGACACGGCCACCCGGGAGCACGAGCAGCGUGGGAUGACGGGGGCAGUCGGUGGAGUUCUCCGCCAGCUGCCACCAGCAGUAGUCAAACCGAUCAUUAUGGCCACUGAAGCAACCUCUAAUGUCUUGGGUGGGAUGAGGAACCAGAUUCACCCUGAUGCACGUCAGGAAGAGUCACAGAAAUGGAGGCAGGGCGAGGAAUAAUUCUUAUUGUAAUAUGGUGACUGAAGCAACAGCUGAUAAGUGAAGUGAAGAAGUGUGCGCUAUCAGAGCAAGAGGAGUAUCUCACAGGUACAUCACAGCCCUGGUGUAAAACAAAACACUGUUCAUCUUGUGGCAGUUUCAGCUACUGUGAUUCAGCUUAUCAGUUCCCUCACAGUGCCUUCAAGGUUGUCAGCAUUGUCCAGCUGUGUGUGUGUGUGUGUGUGUGUGUGUGUGUGUGAGAGAUGAAUAAAUGAAUCAAAUGAUGUCUAUGUGGAUUUAUGUUCUGUUGUAGGAUAGAUAAUGGCAUUUUAAAUUUAAAAUCAUAACUGAAGAAAUAGGCUGUUGUCUCAUCAGGUGCAAACAUUAGCUUCAAACAGCUCUGUUUACAAGUCGUGUGUGGUUACAUUCUGUUAUCCUACUUGGUGUCAGCAAACACUAACAUAGGUGUAAUGAACCUUAAUUUAUAUAUAACAUUCACUAUAUUUGAGCCUCAUUAUUUACUGUAAAUAUUCCUAAUGUGUAACAUUUCAUGCAAAUAUAAAGAGAGCACAGAAACAGUGUUACAAAAAUGUAAAGUUCUGUAAUCAGCACUUUUAAGUAACUUGAAGGGUUGCUGCACAAAUGAAUCAUAAAAGGGAAGAUUGCCCAAUUCUUACAAAAGCUGCUGUCCUGAAAAGGCUGCUUAUUGAAUUUAGAACUGUAAAUGUUUUAGUUUGGCACUUCCAUUUUCAAAUUGUGGAUACACAAAAAAUGUAUGCACAAAAAUAUUCUAUUCAAGGACUUCAAGCAAAGUCUUAAUAUUCUGCUCAAUGAUUUUUUAAGUGUAUGUAACACUAUAGAUAUUUGGUGUAAUAUGUGUUGCAGAUAUCUAAUUUGUUCGUUCUCUGGUUUAUGUGAAAAGAAUAGUAUUUCUUGUACAUAAGUGUACAGAUAAUUAUUGAAUUUUAAAAGCAUGAAAGGGGAAU